GAUAAAUCGUACAUAUAAAUUGUAUACAUAUAAGUUUAAAGGCCGUAGAACUUUCAUGUAAGAUAUAUUUAAACGACCUUAGAGGAAACGGCUCGUAGUUCGUAUUCAUACUCUUUGUGCAGCGCAUCGUUGUUGGAUAAUGUGAGAGGAAAUGUGAUGUGAAAAGUGUUUGAAUAAUUAAUUGCAAACAUUCACUUAGAAAUAUGCCAAAAAUAUACUACAAUGGAGUACUGAGCGUACUCUUUGCCAGCUGCUUGUUAACUUGCGUAAAUUGCAAUGCCGAUUCUAACGACAAGUUAAACUACGAUUACAUUGACAACAAAGUGAAUCAAUACUCAACCAGUUCAACAGCUAAAAAUGACGUUGACAUAUUUCUAAAAACAAAUCAAACGAAUGUCGAUAACAGUAAUCGAAGUGGAAAAUCUAUUAGAAUGGAAAGUACGCCAAGCUAUUUGCCGCAGUUUAAAGAUUCAAUGGAGGAAACAGGCUGCGGAUUUGGCUAUCCCAAUGGAUUAUCUGUGUAUGCCGAAGAAAUCAAUGCAUCUGAGGUACAGUUCGGGGAAUUCUCCUGGACUGUGAAAAUACACAAUGACGAACCAUUUAUCGGGACUGGAGCUCUGAUUGCACCAGAUAUUGUGCUUACAGCUGCCAUUUUACUGCGUGAAUUAAAACCGGAAAAUCUGAUAGUACGGGCUGGUGAAUGGGAUAUUGGAAGUGUUACGGAAGUCUUUCCGCAUCAAGACCGUUCGGUGAAAUUAAUAAUAAGGCAUAACGAAUUCUAUGGUGUAGUCAAUAAUAUUGCCCUACUCGUUGUCGAUAUGAAGUUUAUUUUACAACCAAACAUUAGAACCCUCUGCCUGCCCAGUCCGGGCACCAUAUUUGACUACAGUGCCUGCAAAACAACUGCCUGGCGACCUGCCACAAACAACAGGCCGCAACAAACGCAUUUCCAAAUUCAGCCUAGGCACAAGUGCGAUCAACGUCUGCCCAGUCCAUAUUUGGCGCAAGAUUACACGCUGGAUGAGAGUCUAAUGUGUGCCAUAGAUGAGAAUCUUCAAAAUUCCUCCAUUCUCAACACUGGCGCCCCGCUCUUUUGCCCCAUUCAGGGGGCUAUGAAUCGGUAUACCCAAGCGGGCAUUGUUAUCGGUAGUAUUAACCGCAGCGAAUCUAAAACUGGACUCUUUGUUAAUUUGACUCAUUUAAUGCCCUGGAUAUUCAAACAGCUUGGACCACGUCAAACAGAUUUGAAAUACUAUUUGCCUUGAAAAAAAAAUAACUUAAUGAUAUGCACAUAUAUAAAUGUUGGAUUGCUUGAUAAUUAUGACUAAGCAAUAAUAAUAAUAAAAUAAUAAUAAUACCCUAUUAAA